GGGUAGGUAUGUAGCGUUUUUAGAUUGUUUUCAGAAGGUUAUGUAUUCACUUAGUAUAGUUAUGUUUUUUUCUGUUUCUGAUAAGCUCGCUUGUCUCUAGUUCCUUGUUUUAUUGUGCUGCACAUAGCAGGAUUGUCCUAAAAAUCCAAUCUGCAGUGACUGAAGACCAUACCUCUUGCACAGUCCCUACUCUGUCACUGCAUUACAUUCCAUACAGUACCAUUCCCUGUCAAACACCUGCUUGGACACGAGAAUUAACUUACAAAAAUGGCAGCUGCAGUCACAGAGCAAGAUCAAAUGAAACAAUUCAGGGAAUUCCUGGGAACCUACAACAGGCUAACAGAGAAUUGCUUCAUGGACUGCGUAAAGGAUUUCACAACUAGAGAGGUCAAACCGGAGGAGACGAGUUGCUCAGAAAGCUGCCUGCAGAAGUAUCUGAAGAUGACCCAACGGAUCUCCAUGCGUUUCCAGGAGUAUCACAUCCAACAAAAUGAGGCUUUGGCUGCCAAAGCUGGUUUACUAGCACAGCCAAGGUAGAGGAGACUGACUUGCCAGUGCCUCUAUCCUCUUACAGACUUCCGAGCCUUAACAUCUGCACCAGUAAAAAUGGAGUUGCAAUUUUUGGGGGCGCAAAAUGCGGCUACUAUAUGCCAGAACCAGGAUGAAAAGCUGUUCUUGCAUCUACCUCAGCUUUGGAGGCUGAAGUUGCCUAACAGAGGAAUUAAUGUAAUUUCUCUGAGAAGCUACUGUAGCUCUUGUGCGUCCUGGUUGUGACGACCAGCUGGUGUUAUAGUUAUGACGCACUUAGUGAAAUGCAUAAUUCCAUUUUUUAUGUGAGCAACUACAUGUUAACAUGAAAAUGUUUUUUUGUUUUGUUUGUGUCUGAUCUGCACUAAGAGCAGGUUUCACAUAAUAUAAAUGUCUGAUAAAAUACCUGACAUCUGGACUGGAGGUUACAUGUUUAAAGACAUUAUCUUCCUUUUUUUAAGUCAGUAUCCAUUUGGAUCAUUCUUGGACCUUGGAGGGACCUGUGGUAAUAUGAAAUGGUCAAUUAGUUUGUGGACUUUAAUUUAAAAUUAAAGGUGUUCUUGCCGGC